UAGUAAAUUAACACUAAAUUUUUUACAGUGUUGUAUAAAAAUAAGAUUUGUUGACGUUAAAGAGAAUUAAAUAGUUUAUAAAAAAGUAAAUUAAUAAAUUGUUAAAACUAUAUAUUUACAUAAGAAUAUUUGAAUGAUUUUUGAGAAGAAAAUAAAUGUUUUCAUGAGCCAUAGUGAUUGCAUGAACGAAGAGGAAAUUCAUGCGGAAAAGUGAACACAUAAAAUAUCAGUCAAUUUGUCAGUCACUGUAAUAAUAUUGGAAGGAUACCUUGACAAGUGAACAUUUCUACACUGCAUAUAUUUCCUAUACAUCUAUUAGAUAAAUGAAGAUUUUCAAAUAGCUCUUCCGUUUUGUACGAUGUCAGAUGGAGUUGACACUGUAGGCGAAGAGCACGAGGUAGAUUCACAUUCCUCUUUAAAUGCUGAAACUGGAAAUACUUCUAAAAGCCUUGAGAAUGAAGAAACACUUGAUCAUGAUAGUGAAACGGUUCUAAAUACAAAUUAUGAUAGUAGUGAUGGUUCUGUCCUGGUAUACAGAUGUGAACGCUGUGAUAAUUAUGAAACACUAAAUAAAGCAGCAUUUUGUACGCAUCAAGACCAAUGCCUUAUUUCUGGCGAUGGAGGAGAAAAUACCGAAGUUAGCGAAGGUGUAGAAAAUGAUAUUGAUGGAGAAGGACAUUCUAGCCAUCGUUCACAUAGGAAAAUGUUUGAAUGCGAUGUCUGUAAUAUGAAGUUUUCUAAUGGAGCAAAUAUGAGGCGGCACAAGAUGAGACACACAGGGGUCAAGCCCUACGAAUGUCGGAUAUGUCAGAAAAGAUUUUUUCGUAAAGAUCAUUUAGCUGAACAUUUUACAACGCAUUCAAAAACAUUGCCUUAUCACUGUCCUAUUUGUAACCGAGGUUUUCAAAGACAAAUUGCAAUGAGAGCUCAUUUUCAAAACGAACAUGUCGGUCAGCAUGAUAUGGUGAAAUCCUGUCCAUUGUGUCACUAUAGAGCUUCUACCAUGAAGUGCCUGAGGUUACAUUUUUUUAACAGGCACGGAAUAGAUUUGGAUAAUCCUGGACCAAAUAGUUCAACGUCAUUAUUAAGCAACUGUUCCGGCGAAAAUGUGCCUCCUGCGCCUUUAUCUGAUAGCGGAGAUAGUACUGGUAAUAGGUCAACUGAUAAUGCCACUCCACCAAUGCAUUUUCUUACACCCCAUGUGGAGAUUUCCAUUCCUUAUCCAGAACAAGUUAAUAGUCAACAUAAUACGAAUUCUCCUCUAGUAAAUGGAGAUAGUCCCAGUAGUCCACAAAGUGCCGACAGUAAUUGUAACGUUCCAAGUAGUAGUCAUCACCAUCUGCCUAUUAAAACUAAUAUUCAUAAAAAUUUAAGUAAUACUGAUGAAGGUAUAACUCCCUCAAUUUCACUUAUUCCAAUAAAGCAAGAGCCUAACAGUAAUGGUUUAGAUGAAUCCAGUGCUGCGUGCAGUAGUCUACCACUACAAUCAUUAAUAAAGGUUUCUCCGCUAAAAUCAUUAUUGAGAGAUGAUCUUCGAAGAAAAAUGUCAAGUACUUGUAAUAAUGUUAAUAAUAAUAAUAAUAACAAUGGCUCAACUUCUAAUAUGCACUCACGGAGUGAACCUUUAUCAACAACAAAACAGGAAAGUCGUACAAGCGGAAUGCAAUGUACCCACUGCAAAAUAACAUUUCCAGAUCAAACUUUAUAUUUUUUACAUAAAGGUUGUCAUAGUGAAAGUAAUCCAUGGAAGUGUAAUAUUUGUGGGGAACAGUGUUGCAACUUAUAUCAGUUUAAUUCACAUUUACUUAGUAAAAGUCAUCAGUGAAAGCAAUAGAUUUUAAGAAUAUUAGGUAAUCAUCAAUAAUUUAUUAAGAAAAAAAAAAUAAUGGUAUAUUAGGGUGGCCUUACUCUUUUAAAACACAAAACGUUAAUUAAUAUAAUUCCUAUAUUAAAAAUAUUUUAGAAAGCUAAUUAUAAAAUUAUUAGAAGAAAAA